CAACCAAUCGCAUGUAAGAUCAGCGAAAAUGAGACUGUCGAAUGUGGCAGUGGGCAUAGUGGUUGUCUCGACCUGUUGGGCGUUGGGUUUGUAUGGGUCUCGCCAUGGUUUGCAAUACUUUAGCAAACGAGAGAAAACUACCAAGCAAUCUCGACGUGAAAUGAUGCGCUCCAACCGCCGCGGUCGCAAGGACGAGCGGCUGAAAGUCAAGAAACAAGAACGAAGUCGAGCACUGGCUGUCGAACGUGAGAACAUGACGGAGGAACAGAAGAACGAGCAGCGCGAACGAAUUCGCAUGCAACGAGUGGAACAAUUCCAAAAGCUGGAGGAAGCUCAGUCGAGUGGCAUUCGGGUGGUGGUCGACUUGGCCUUUGCAGCAGACCAAACGACAAGAGAGCGUCACAGCAUAUUCAAGCAGCUCGGGUGUGUAUAUGGAUACCUGAAGACUUGUCAGCUGGACAGGUUGAUAUCGCUACACCUCGCAUCUUGCACACCAGAGCUUGCCGUCAUCUUCACUCAGCACGGAGUGCCUAGCUGGAAGAUGGGAAGACAUGAAGAACCGCUGGAGCAUCUUUACGACAGUGAUAAGCUUGUCUACCUUUCACCAGACUCAGACAAUGUGCUUGAGCAACUUGAUCCAGCCUACGCCUACGUCGUCGGUGGUAUCGUCGAUCGUUCUGUUCGCAAGGGCGAGACAAAAACGAAGGCGGCUACGCGUGGCAUUCGCACUGCGCGACUGCCACUUCAAGAGCACUAUGAACAAUUGGGGACACGCGUGCGAACUCAUAUCAUGAAUCUGGACUCUGUUCUUAUUGUGUUGAAUGAGGUCGCAAAUCAUGGAGACUGGGGGCGUGCGUUUGAGCGAGCUGUUCCUACUCGAAUCACUCGCAAGAAAGAAUCGAAGAAGAAAAAGGACCAAAACUCAGCUGAAAAAGAAGCUUCGUAAGGUAAGGAGCUAAUGGAUUCAAUAUAAAAAAAAAUAUGCAUACGUAUUUC